AUGGUUGCUGGCUUCGGCCUGGGAGUCUUCACGCUUCUCGGGCCCGUUGCUGCUCACCCCUUUUCUCCCAACACGGCAGUGCUCCCCGACUUGGGCAAUCAUCUCUCCCGGCGUGCUGACCCCGGAGACUUCUAUCUCAGGAUCAUGCCACUUGGUGCCUCAAUUACGGCCGGAGACUUCUCGCCUUCUAACGAAAAGAACGGGUAUCGCAAAUUCACCCGCGACAAGCUCCGAUCGGAUGGCUGGGAUGUCAACAUGGUGGGCAACUUUAACUCGGGCUCAAUGAGUGACAAUGACCACGAAGGAGUCAGCGGUGACCGCGUCGAUCAAGUCGAGGAUCGCGCCAGAGGCUCGUGCCGAGUCUGGCUUCCGAACGUUGUGCUCAUCAACGCCGGUACCAAUGAUGCUAACCAAAACUUUGAUGUCGACCGGACAGGUCUACGCAUGCAGGAACUCAUCAACACCAUCAUUGCCGAAGUUCCCGACGCAGUGAUCGUCCUUUCCACGCUCCUGCCCACGAACAACCAGGAUGCACAGGCCAGGGUCAAUCGCAUCAAUGACCAGUAUCGUCAGGUGCACCGUGAAUUCGUGCCCGUCAAUGAGGACGGGCAAGAGGAGCCCAACCCGAGUAUCAAGGUGGUACUAGCAGACAUGGCAAGCUUCCUCACGCUCGAUGACAUCCACGACGGCAUACACCCCGACGUUGAGGGCGAGAAGAAGAUGGCCGCUGUCUGGGUCUGGGCCAUCAACUAUGCCAACGACAAGGGCUGGAUCACGGAGCCGACGGACUCUGGCAAAUUUGACGACGAUCAGCCCAGCCGGACCUGCCGAAAGGAACUGGGAAGCGGUGCGUUUGACUACCGCAGCGGUCGACAAGUUCUGUACGCUCGGGCUGGUGAGAUCAAAAACGACGGCACUUAUAUUCACUCUGGCAUUCCUCGGGACGAUCGCGCCGGCGAUAUCCCCGACGUUGACGAUGACGGAUCGAUGUGGUUUGCCCAGCUGGUCAAUCGCGGCAACGCCCACAAGCUGGGCGAGAUUGACGAGAUGAUUGUCGCAAAGUCCGAUAGCUCCACGUCGGACAAUUCGCCAAGGAAGUUCACCAUGUUUAACGGCGAUGGACUCGAUGACUUUAUCUGCAUCUUCGCGAACGGUGAGAUGCAUGCGUCUUUGAACGAGGGUGGGAACCCCCCAACCUUCAGACAGCUCGGUCUGUAUAAAAGCCCCGAACUUGGAAAAGGACGUGAUCGUGUUCGUCUGGGAGAUAUCGACGGCGACGGGAGGCUUGAUUAUUGUGUCAUGCCCGACACUGGUGAUGUCCAUUGCUGGCGGAACGGAGGCCUCGGCGCCAAGGCAGCCUACUGGCAAGACCUUGGGUCUGGUGGCCCAGUGUUCACUGCCAAGGGCAUGGGUGAUAUGAGAGGUGUCCAAUUCGCUGACAAAAUCGCGAAACACAGUGGCCGCUAUGACUGGCUGUGGAUGAGCACGACAGGCCGCGUCACAACAUGGAUCAACCAGCGAGGCUCAGGCAAGGGCAUGGUGCCGAGCUGGCUCAAGGCCGGCAAUGACGGGAUUACACACGGAGGAAUGGGAACCGACAUUGGCGACAAUCGCGAGCAUGUCCGCUUUGGCCGCUUGUGGGAUGGGCGACCAAGCUACAUCCACUGGGAGAUUGACGACGGGCACCUCAAAUUUGACAUUUGGGAGAAUCGUGGAAGAGGCGGAAAGUACCAGAAAGGCGACGGCAUCUUCUGGGGAGACGUGACGGGUUCCGGCUUCGACGACUACGUUUUCAUUGGCCCCACCGGCCAAGUGACCGUGUUCCCAAACGUUUACGACCAGAGCACCUCAUCUGACAAGUACUAUCGGGAUGACGCCAACGCUUGGGGCCUCCCCAGCGCCACACUGGACACUGGCUUGAGCCCUCGUGCGCUGCACGUUGGGGACUGGGAUGGCGAUGGCAAGGCCGACAUUAUCGGCGUGGACCGAGAGACGGGCGGUGUCAUCGUCUGGUACAGCAACUGGGACGGCAACAACUUCAACUGGGAUCGGCAGGACCACAGGAGCACCACAAACGGCUGGUGCACCGAAGGCUGGGGACUUCUCCCCGGCGACCACGGAGCCCACUUUGCCGAUGUCACGGGGUCCAAGAAGGUUGACUAUCUCUGCAUGAAGCCUGACGGGACAACGACAGCCUGGUUGAGAGACUUUUCGGACAGGCCUUGGAGGAACGUCGGCCAGGUCAAAUACACAGAGGACCUGGACCGCGCAAACUUCCGCUUCGCAGACAUCAACGGCGACGGAAAGGCAGACAUGGUGCAUACCGACAAGUUUACUGGCAACGCGCGCGUGUGGUACGCUAUCGGCGAGCGAAGCGACCCAGAGAACAACGCAGGCAGUGCUAUGGAGUGGGAACGGCCGCAACUGCUCUUUUCGGGUGCCGCCAGAGGAGAGAACACGUUCUUCCCGGAGCUCUCCGGCCAGGGUCGUGGUGACAUGGUCUGGAUCGACCCAACCUCGGCCCAUGCUUGGAUCUCAUUCAACUCCUGCGCCGCCGGAGGCGAUGACGGGGAGGAGACCCCUGCCGACCCAGGCCUGCCCGAGUACAAUCCACCCGACGACCCUGAG